AAGAUCCGAGCGGCGAAGCUCCUAAGCAGAUUCUGCACAGCGAUGGCGGGGCGUCUGCAGGAGAUGCUCCGCGGCUUCCAGCCGCCGGCCGUGGGCGCAACUCCCAGCAGGGUGAGUGAGCAGCAGGACGGUGUGGCGCAUCUGAGCAUUCCUCUGAACACACACGAUGUCAUCUGCUGCAUUGGCUCAAUAUAUUGGUAGGUGUUGGUAGAGUUCAAGGCCGGCAAGUGCAACUGGGAUGGGCAGCGGGUCACGCCAGACAAGCGGAAAGGAAACCUCAGCCUCGUCACGGUCAGCUGACACAUGACAGAAGAACACGCAGCACAUGGUGACACGAAACACACUGAGCAUGAUGGUUGUUCGCUGCGUCUGUCAGGGCGAUGACGGCCUCACCCAUGUGCAGUGGACCACCCGAGGCGUCAACCAAAUCACUGAGGUCAGGAAGCCAUCUCGCCAGAUGCAUCAAAGCCGUGAUUGUGGUGUGUGGGCUCAUGGUUCCUGCCAUUGCUUCAUUCAGGAUGACUUGAUAGUCAUCAACGACGCGUAUUUGGAGAAGAUCACGGCUGCCAAGAGCGGCCGCGUGUACGUGUUGAAGUUCCAGUCCUCGGACAAGAAGCUGCUCUUCUGGAUGCAGGAACCCGACGAGACCAAAGAUGAGGUCAGUGCGCAGCACACCACACCAGGGGGGAGGGAGGAGGGCAGGGCGGGGUUACGCCAUUGGUGUCUGCAUGUGCCUGCAGGAGCUGAUCACCAAGUUCAACAAUGCUGCGGGAGGAAGUGAGUCGACACUGACUGCUCGGAUUUCCCUCCUCCUGAUUGAUGUCUGUCUGUGCCUGUGUGUCUGUCUGUCAGAAGAUUCGAGUGGCGGAACCAGCAAUGCUGCUGCCGCGGCUGCUGCUGCUGCAGGUGGGUUUGCUAGAGGCCAUGUACGUUGCGCUUGCAUCACCCUCGUCGCCCUUGCUGUCUGUCCCUCGUUGUGUUGAUGCAGCCAGCGGCGCCCCGUCAGGCGGUCCGUCGGGCGGUAUGCCCCCGGCGAUGCAGCAGCAGCUGCAGCAGAUGAUGGGCGGAGCGGGCAGAGGCGCCAGCAACGCCGCCACCACUGACCAACUCAGGUCCAUCAUGCAAAACUUCGCCAGCCAGCAACAAGGUAAGGUGCACAGCAGAGACCCCACAGACACGGAACCCACGGACUUGUCAAUCCCCAAGCUGCCCUGUAUGUAUGUGUGUGUGUGUGUGUGUGUGUGUACAGGUGCGGCUGGCGCGAGUGGUGCGGGUCGUUCUGGUGCCAGUACGCUGCCCACUGCUGGUCCUGGUGGACCCAUCAGCGAAGAGGUGAGAUCAAGGAAGGAGAAGCACACUCGCGUAACUGACUGCUGUUGACUGACUGCUGUGUGUGCAGCAACGUGCCCAGCUGGCGCAGCAGCUAAUCUCGGCCCUCGCUAACAACCAGCACCAGCAGCAGCCACGAAGUAAGCACACAUACCAAGAGAGAGGACCCAUGUUGUGUGCCUGGGGAUGAUGCCUGCCAUGCCAUGCCAUGCAGUUCUGCCGACCCCGUUGACGUCCGUCUUGCCGCCCGAGCGGCUGGAGGCGCUGCUCGGCGACACAGAGGCCAUGCAGGAACUCGCCGCACACAUGCCUGAGUAAGCGAAAGAGAAAGGGGGUGGGUCGGCAGGGCAGACCAGCACCUCUGUCUCUAUACCGUCACGGUAUGUCUGUGUAGGGGCCAGACGAGUCGCGAGGAGGUCAAUGAGGCGAUGCGAUCCGCCCAGCUGCAGGGCUCCAUGCGGGCGCUCACACAGGUGGGUGGGAGUGGGAUGAAUGGGGUGAACAAGCGCACUCACAGACCGUCUCACCGCUCGAUGUCAUUCAUGUGACAUGCAGGCCAUCUACUCGGAUCAGUUGCCCGUGCUGCUGACGUCCAUGGGGCUCGACGCCAACGCUGCGCGAAACGCCCAGACACCUGACCGUAGGCACACAACAUGACGCUAUCCCCCACACGCCCUACGCCGCCCGCAAGAUGUGUGUAUGCUGUGUGUGCACUCCAGCGAUGGAGAUCCUGGUCGAUGCGCUGGCGGCCCAGCACGGCAGCACCGAUACUGCUGCUGGUGCUGCUACUGCUGCUGCACCUGCGGCGCCAGGCGAGUCAGGCGAGUCAGGCGAGUCAAGCGAGGGCGAGGCCAAGGCGAAGGAGGACGAGAAGCCGCCCGGCGACGGGAAUGACGGCAACGACCCCAUGGACACGUCGUGACGAGCGAGCAGGCACUACUACAAUGAGACUAAUGUGCGUGGUGGGUGCAAGUGACCUUUUGUGUGUUGCGGUGUUUCCGAGGUGCAUGGACACGUGCGUGGAAUGUCGCUGUGACCGUUUCUUUGCCGAAUGAGUCAAACAAUACAUAGACUGAUUCAUGCGAUGAUCGAUCGACGGGAGAUCGU